CUGGUCUCGAGGCGCAGGCGCGCGCUCCUCUCUCGGUGCCUCUGCGCGGCGUGUGCCGCGCCGUGCCAAGACGGCAUGGCGGAUGCCGAGCAGAGCGUGGCGCUCAACUUCGGCGGCGACACGAGCAUCCAGGUGCCAGCGGGCGCGCAGAUCAUCGUGUCCAUCGACAAGGAUUCGUUUUCGUCCCCGGGCGACAGCAUCGCGAAGGUGGCUAUUCGCCAAGCGGAAGAGCGCACGAAGCUCGUUGUCGAGUGCGCGAGCUUGGUGAAGAGGAUGACGCAGCUCGACGAGGAGAUGGCGCAGUACGACGAGUGGCAGAG